AUGUGGAGAAAUUUUCAGAAGACUUUCAGUAAAAUAGUCCAUGCAAAGACUGAAGAGGAGAAGGAUGAUGCAAUGGCUGCAUUCAAGGUAGAGUACAGUGAUGAGAUCUGGCAGCCUGCUCUCCAGUAUAUUGAUGAUGAGUGGCUGAAUGAUGACACUGCUCAAUACUUCCUAUUUUGCUAUCUCCAGGACUGCAUGCACUUUGGUCAACUCACAACUUCACGCAAUGAAUCAGCCCAUUGGAUGUUGAAGCGGGAUUUGCAGGUAUCCACAAAUGAUCUCCUUGAGACUUGGGUGUCAUUUGACCGCACAAUCCGUCGACAGCAUACAACUAUGACCCAAAUUCAUGAGGAUGACAAGGUUAACCGACCCCUGCAGUUUGUGAGAGACCCAUUGUUUUGA